AUGGCUCGUCGCAAUACCGGAACCACCGGCACGAGCGCGCGCGAUGCACGCGCUGCCCAGGCUGCGUCCGUCGCAUCUGCUUGGCUAGGAGAGUCUGUCAUUCGCCCUGCAGGCCAGGCGCCUGCCAAGGGCAAGGAAACCAUUGUCAUGGGCGGAUUCGGGUUUGCAGCCCCGCCUGUCGCACCGAAACCCAAGAAGACGGCAGCGUCGAUCAAGUCCAAGGACAGCGGCGGCUCGCGCGGCUCGUCGUCGUCGCGCGUGCCGUUGGUCUCGAGCGGGGGAUGGCGCAACGUGUUGCCCCGUUCGUCCGCCCCCGCCCCCGCCCCCCGCUCGGUGAGCGAGCACUCGCACUCGCCCAUUCACUCCCCCGUCUCGGCCAUGACUACCAUCAGUACAGUCUCGUCCGAAGCAAGUGACUUUGCAGACAUGUUCAGCGCCAACCGACGCCCCGCGGUCCGUGAAGUCGUUCCCCCCUCUCCCUCACUGGCCAGCCCAACGGCAUACUUGCCCCCUACAGUGCACCCCAAACGCGCAUCUGACAACAUGAUGGGCCCACCUUCCUCACCACAACCACCCCCGCUCGUCGACGAGGUCCUCCCAUUCGUCUCGUCGCCCUUCGCCGCUUGGGACCCAGCAGCUGCAGGCGAGGUGCCCGGUGCUGCUACCAAGAAGCUCUACGGCCGCAACAGCAAGAGCGUCGGUGGCUCUGAAUGGCACGAGGACCCGCCCAAGCGCGGCUCGGCGGGCAGCAAGCGCACCUGGAUCGACAGCGACGGUCGCGAGAUCCGGACAGUCUACCGCGUCGGAUGGGAGCGCGACGUGCUCGACCUCGAGUCCCGCUUGCACGAGACCAUGUGGAACGUCACCGGCGGCCACCACACCUUUGUCGACGUCGAGGACAGGCCCCCAGCGACCGUCUUGGAUAUUGGUACCGGCAUCGGUCUCUGGCCCAUUGCCCAGGCGCUGGCAUGGCCCAAGACGCGCUUCAUCGCGACCGACAUUGUCCCCUGCCACACCGACUUGAACGCCCUCGUCGCUGCCGAAGAGCGCGCACGCACCACCUCGGCCGGUGUUGCACCGGGUGAAGGCAUCUGGAGCAGUGUCGCCAAGCGCAUCGAGUUUCAGCAGUACAAUUUCCUCAACGGUCUGCCAUACGACUCGGGCGUGUUCGACAUGGUCCACAUGCGUUUCCUCGGUCUCGGCGUGCCCGAACAGCGCUGGGCCGAACUGCUGGACGAGGCCGUGCGCGUGCUGCGGCCCGGGGGUGUCCUGGAAAUUGUUGAAAUGUCCUGCGAGCCACCACCCAGCGCGUCCGAGAUGGUCCGGUCACGCUUCGCAAACUUGUUAUUGGAAGACUACAUCCCGCCCAACCCCGUCCUGGCACUGCAGAUGCAUCUCCCAGCCACGGCAGGUCUUGUGGCGAGCACGACCCGGCCCGUCCUCUCGGCCUCGUGGGACGCAGAGGGCGCAGGCGUGUCCCCGGACGACAUGGCGCCCGACGCCAUCGCCGACGCGCCCAUGGUGUGGAUCUCGUCCGCGCUCGGAUACAAAGGCACGCCGCGCGACUCCAAGGGCGGCCGCGUCGCUGCUGCCUUGGCAAAGUUCAUGCCGGGACGCUGGCACCUCGACUUUGAGCACUCGCUCCAGAGCCACAACGCCCAUCUCCAGAACCAGCAGCUCGCCUCGCCACCAGACACGCCGGGCACGCCGUCCACCCCAGGCAUGCCCGUGACGCCCGGCGCCGACGGCGCGUUCCGCCAGUCGUCGGGCAAGAUUGUCCUCGCCGCCUGGGUCGUGUUCAAGACUGCACGCGGGCGCACCGGCUCUGCACCACAGCAAGGCGGUGUCGGCGGCGGCGGCGGGAUUGGCCUGGGUAUGGGUCUCGCGUCAUGA